GCCAUGUUGUGCCGUGUUGUGCCAUGUUGUGCCGUGCCAUGUUGUGCCAUGCCGUGCCAUGCCGUGCCGUGCCGCGGCGUGCCGUGCCACGCUGACCCGGUGUCCCCCAGCCCCGGCGGGUCCCCCCGAGCAUGAUGUCCUACAUCAAACAGCCGCACUUCACCGUCAACGGGCUGAGCUUGGCCGGGCCCGGCAUGGACCUGCUGCACCCCGCCGUGGGCUACCCCGCCACCCCGCGGAAGCAGCGCCGGGAGCGCACGACGUUCACCAGGGCGCAGCUGGACAUCCUGGAGGCCUUGUUCGCCAAAACACGCUACCCCGACAUCUUCAUGCGCGAGGAGGUGGCCCUGAAGAUCAACCUGCCCGAGUCCCGCGUGCAGGUCUGGUUCAAGAACCGCCGCGCCAAGUGCCGGCAGCAGCAGCAGCAGAGCAGCGGCCAGGCCAAGUCGCGCCCCCCCAAGAAGAAAAGCUCCCCGGCCCGCGACGCCGCCCCCGACGUGGGGGCUCCGGGGCCCUACACGCCGCCCCCCAGCGCCCCCGCCGGCACCCCCAGCUCCGCCGGCGCCACCGUGUCCAUCUGGAGCCCGGCGUCCAUCUCCCCGGUCCCCGACCCCUUGGCCGCCUCGGCCACGCCGGGCUUGCCGCGCUCGGCGCCUUUUCCCGCCGCCUACAGCCAAAGCGCCGGUUACGGCCAAGGUUACGCCGGCUCCGCCGCCUAUUUCGGGGGCCUGGACUGCAGCUCGUACCUGUCCCCCAUGCACCCGCAGCUGGCGGCGCCCGGCGCGGCGCUCAGCCCCCUGGCAGCCCCCGCUAUGGGCGCGCAUCUGGCUCCAUCGCCCGCCGGCUUGGCCGGGCAGGGGUACGGCAGCGCCGGGCUCGGGUUCGGCCCCGUCGACUGCCUGGAGUACAAGGAGCCCGCGGGCUCCUGGAAGCUCAACUUCAACACCGACUGCCUGGACUACAAGGACCAGAGCUCCUGGAAGUUCCAGGUGUUGUGAAGCGGGGGCGGCCACCGCGUCCCCCCCCCGCGGCGCACGGGACGCUCCGCGUGGUGCAGGAGCCGCCGCGGCGCGGGGUGAACGGGGAUGCGGGGUGGAGGAUCGCUGCGCCGCCGAGCGGACCGGGAUGGA